AUGAGUCGUAUUAGCGAUGUUCGAACGAUUGUUGAGACUGCGAACCAAUUUUCAGGUUGUGAACUAUUAAACAAGACAUUCCACACUGACUCCUAUGUAACAAUAGAUUGUUGUUGCUGCUCCUUCGUAAUUAAGUGCUUUUGGCCUCCUGAACUGACACCGAAUUACAAAGAAAGGAUUUUUUCGAUCUUGGAGAAGAAUAUGAAGGAGUUCUACAUGAAGUCAUCAUGGGGAUGGAAUGGACGUAACAAGUUUCAUGAGCUCUUCUCCGCCGAAUCCCGUCUCCUACUUCUUAAGUCGCAUUGUGAUUCUGUUGACACCCGACGGCCGGUACUCUACUGUUACGAAAUUCAGCUAUUGGAGGAGGUUCGUGGAAUGAAACUCGGUCAUAAACUGUUGAAUGUUCUAUACACAAUUGCAGCUAAUAACCAAAUGACGCGCGUAAUGCUGACAGUGUUCAAAUUUAACUCCCUGGCACACACCUUCUUCACGAAAAAUGGCUUUAAAACAGACAUCAGUGACCCAUCACUGCAUGGACAAUCGGUUGACUAUUCUAUUUUGUCCAGACCUCCCUAA